AACGACGACGUUCUGAAGCGCAAUGUAGUAGUCAACUAGUCACUCCCCCCCGGGCGGGGGUCUCUCAACUCGCAGACUGGGACUGAGACAGAUAAGAGAGAGAGAGAGAGAGAGAGAAGAUGAGAGGGUGUUUCCCGGCGCCGGCGUUCAUCUCCGGUGCGGCGAGCUCCGCAAUCACUCAAAUUGUUUGGGGAAGAAGAAAAGAUCCGUUGUUUCAAUUCUCAGUCUGGUCCUCAACUUCGUCUUGCUUAGUCUAUAAUAGCAAUAAGCAUGCUGAGCGGAGACGAAGGCGGUGGCUUUCGUUAUCAGAAGCAACAAGUAGAGGGAGAGGUGGACUACAGCAGCAACAAUGCGAGUGUGAAAGUGAAAGCAGAGAAGAUAAUGAAUGGGUGGUGGUCAAUUUUUACCAGUUUGUGUUGAUCAAAGACGCGGAGGCAGAAGUGGCCAAGCAUCUCAAUUUCUUGAAGGGGCGUGAUAUACGUGGGCGGAUAUAUGUGAAUGAACAAGGGAUAAAUGCGCAGGUAUUGCUUUCAAGUUUCAAUAGGAAUGAAAAUUGCUUGCUAGCUCAUACAGUUUUGGUUUAUGCGCAGUACAGUGGGCCGUCAAGAGACGCGCUUGCUUAUGUUGAAUGGGUGAGAGAGGAUGAGAGAUUUGCCAACUGCUUGGUGCAGAUUUCUGCAGCACCAACUGGGCAUGCCUUUCCAAAACUCAAGCUGCGGUAUAAGCCUUCACUGGUUCAGUUAGAAGGAGGUAUUAGUCAUCUUCCUUUGCUGGACCCUUCAAUGCGAGCUACACCUCUAGCACCAUCCGAGUGGAGGAAAAGAUUGGAGGCAGCGAACGGCAGCACUACUGCUGAUGCAUCAACUCAAAAUCCUAGACCAAACUAUAUUCUAUUGGAUGUUAGAAACGGUUAUGAGUGGGAUAUUGGUCAUUUCAGUGGGGCUCGACGGCCAGAUGUGGACUGCUUCAGGAGCACUUCGUUUGGGCUAUGCCAACCAGAGGUCAUUGCUGCAGAUCCGUUAGCCAACGUUGAUAAAGAAACAGAUAUAUUGAUGUAUUGCACUGGAGGUAUCCGUUGUGAUGUAUAUUCCACGAUCCUAAGACAACAGGGCUUUCAAAAUUUAUACACCUUAAAGGGGGGUGUCUCUCAUUACCUAAAAAAUGAAGGUCCUCUCCAGUGGGUUGGGAAUUUGUUUGUGUUUGACUCCCGUCUUUCUCUCCCACCUGCUGCCUACAAGCCUGAAGCCAUAACUGAACCAAACAGAGUUGAAGUUUCAGAGAACAAUACAUUUGCCAGAUGCUAUAUAUGUGGUUUAGAAGUCUGUGAGUUACGGCAUCGAAACUGCGCAAAUCUUGACUGCAACCUACUUUAUCUAUGCUGUAUGAACUGUGUUGAGGAUUUAAGAGGAUGUUGCUGUUCAAAGUGCACAACUGCUCCUCGACUUAGACCUGUUCUUCAGGGUCCCCAUAGAUAUGAAAAAUGGCACACGUACCGGGAUUUGAUAUCACAAAGCAAGUCGACAGCUUGAUCGGACUCAUAAGCAUAUGAACCAGGGAUUGCAUAUUCACAAAUCUAGUGUAGUGACCAAGCUCCUGUUUGCACGAGUGUUGUUAGCAAUUGGGGGAUGAAAAGUUUGGGGUGUGUGUAUAGUCAGCAAAGUUCAGCUUAGCAUGUAUUCCGAUUCUUUCAUUUAUCAUGUUUCCAGUAACUUGCAACUAAUACCGUACCUAUGUAAUUACAAUGGAACGAAUCUCUGAAGCAUUAGUUGGGACAAAA